CCUUAACUGGUCGUGUGUGUUCCCUGUACUGCUGCUUUGCCAGUAAAGUAAAUAUUGGACCAGUCCCUGUCCCGCAUAAUAGACGAAUCGUCGCGCCAGGCCUCUCGAUCUACGACCGUCGACUAGUUUACCUGCACUACACAGGCAUUCGACAUAGGAGUUUUAUAAGAGCAGGUUCAUCUGCAUUCUUGUACUUUUAAAACACGGGAAUUCCCAUGUCUCAAUGAACAAUGGUCACGAGAACGCCGAAGAGUUUUGACUUUUCUUCCUCACGCCUCUUUACAGAAGGCAGCUCUCUGUUCUCCUAACGCCCGUUCUCCAAGAUGCAGACGGUUCCUAGUCUCAUUGGAGCCGGUACUGCGGUCGCUGCCGCGGCGACGGGUCUGGCUUUUGGCGAACUUUCGGAUGGACAAACCCCUCCGCAACCAGACUUAAACAAGAGAAAGUCAAUAAUAUCUGAGAGGGACUUCUUAAACGUCUUUUCUUCAUCCCGCCCUGGAACAACGAGUUCCACUGCCCCUAAUACCUCGAACAACGCUUUUACGCAAGACUCGAAUCGACCCUUCCCCUCGAUUAAUGCGACAGCCCAACCGCGAAUUCCUCGAAGACCCUCGCACACACAAAUAACACCCCCGAAAUCCUCGGCUGCGCGAUAUACAUCCGUAAGACAAGGCGAAUUUGCGCCUGCGAGUCCUAUAGUUGAAGACUCGCGUGAUUCCCUUUCUUCGAACGGUUCCUGGAUGCGAAGGUUGUCUAUACGGCCGCUAUCCCAACACGAAAGUUUGAGAUCAAGUAUCGGCCCUGACUCACCCUCGAUCACCUUCUCCCACGGUUCUGCGGCGCCAAUAUUAGGGGCUCCGGGACACUCAUCUCCGCAACUACCUCCUAAUAAACUAGUAAAACGCGCAUCAGCGAUCAAUGGAGGGGAGACAGGCUCGUUAGUACGGCGAGGUUCAAGAGCACAGAUGACACUGCGAAGACCGGCCACAAGCCAUCAAAGAUCCGCUACAUUACAUCAGCAGAUCAACGCCGAAACUCUACCGCCACUACCAAAAAUAUCUUUUGAUAGUCGUCCCAGAGCUCAGACUUUGGCUAGUCCGCAGGAGCCUGUUUUCGUUGCGCCCGCCGAGGGACCAUCGACGUGGAAGUCCUUUUGGCAUUCCCGAAUAUCUCGAUACACGACGAAGUCGUCCUCACUAAGGAGUGGCGAUAACGCCGGGCUCCCUGAUUCCAAACGAAUUUGUGUGGAACAUCAGGGUCAGCGACGGGCUUUUCUGAUAGCCCCGAGAUCUCUGAUCAUGGGCUCCUCGGCCUCGGAGGUGCCGGUAGAAACACUUGUUGAGCCAGAAAGCCCGACUAAUACUGACGGCAGCCCACAAAGUUCAGAGAAGUCUUCAGGGUCCCCUGAAGCCACGCCAUCCAAACAACCUAAACGGUCUAUGUCAAUGCAUUUUAGUUCGCCUACGAAUUGGAUAUCGAAAACUGGGAGUCUUCGGCGUCGUAAACGCGGUGAUACGGUGGGCGGGACGAAACGACAUGUAUCUGCACCAGUCACAACAGAGACCGAACCAACAACGGCUCCCGACGCAGUUGAUCACGAAGAAAAUUCUAAAGAGGCAGAAGAGCCACGUAAUAUCGAGACAGAUCUUCCUACCGUUUUCCGACCUAAUCGAAAGCGAAAUUCUUCGUCACCCCUACCGCCUAUUACACGACUCUCAAGCUUUCACAUUGAUCUAAACAAGCUUGGGUCGAUGGGUACAGGCCAAUCAGAUGAGUUGACGACGAACUCUGCAUCGUCUCAAAGAGUCGUUUCAAAUACCUCUCAAGCUCGUACUUUCGAUCGCUCUUCCACUACUGCCAGCUCCGAGUACCAUCGCGGGUUUACUUCCGGGGAUGAUGACGACACUGACUUCAAGACGGACACGCCCUUUGACUCGUUUCGGACGGUUGCGUCGGGACGUCGGAGAACUCUCGAUAGCCCCCUUGAGUCGAUGUUCGACGAGUCGCCCCCAAGCACUGCUGGCAACAAUAGUAAACCGAAGCGAUUAUCAAUUCAGGAGAUCAUGGGGCCGGCCUUUGAUAUCGGAAAUAAGAUUAUGGAAGAGGAUGAAGGUCUCUCCACCCCUAUCCGAGGAGUAUACGAAGAUGAGGAUGGCUUCGAGUCUAACCCGGUUUCUCCGACUUCGGUCAUACGUAGAGAUGACCCCCGAUUCUCGUUCGAUGACGAUGACGACGAUCUCGACUGGGACAAGGAAGAAGAUGACGGCAUUUAUAAUCAUCUAUCUCCGCCAAGUUCCAUGAACUCGCGAAGGGGAAGCCCUAAUUCCCGAACGGCACUAGCUAGUAUUAACGGCAACGCGAGACCGACAGCACGAUCUAAUGCGCGUACUGACCCGGCUAGAGAACGACCUCGAAGUACCGUUUUUGACUGGACAGAACCUACUGCGCACGAGAAGCAUGAUGGUGAUGGUAGUCAUGCACGGCCGAAGACGGUCCAUGGUAAGCAGGAAAUUGACGUCAGAGGCGGACGUUCUGCGAAUCGUAAGGGACCUACACCCGCUCAUGUGAGGAGCCAAAGCGUUCCGGUUGUCCCGGAGCAGUCAGAAACUACGAGUUCGACUCCCAAAUUCGGAACCUGGGGUCUUGGACAAAAGAAUGCCAGUGAGGACUGGGAUGACGACUUCGAAUUUGAGGAGGAGGAUGACUUCGAUUUGUCUCCAAGCAAGAGAGAUGAAGGACGCUUCGCGAUGGUGGUCCCUGCGUCAAUCCAGGCUACGCAACCUACGAUCAAAGCCCACUCUGGACAGAUUCGAGAACUGUCGCUUCUAGUUAACGAUCUAAAGCGCUUAUGCAGACUUGGUCGUGAGAUGGAUAUGCUCAGUGGUACGUGCGCAAAGCUCUGGAGAGAAGCUGAGGGUAUCAUUGCUCUGGCAUCCCCCGACGAAGAACCGUCCGAGGCCAGUGAGUCGAGACAAGGCUCCUCGAGUUCGAGUGGUGAUCUUCCCGAAGUCCGAUUUGUCGAUCAAGGACUGGACGGGGCCUCCCUGGAUAUCCACGGCUCUUCUAGGGUAUCGGAAAGCCAGCGGAAUGCAGUUGUCCGUGAUCGCCCUGUUGGCCGACGCCGGUCGGUCUUUUCUCCAGAUGACGACAUAUUCGGUACAUGGGAUCAAGCCGAUGAAGAGCAAGCUCCUGUUCGACCAAGAACGCCGGAGAACAGAGUUGGUAAUCCCGAAUUCGGUUCAUCUAGUGUAGCGAGAUCUGUCAUGGAAGCAAUGCAUUCGCGUCAAUCAAGAUUGAACGCGAGUCGCGAAGAGAAUGAGUCCUCCGGCAAGCUCAACUUCGAUACAAACAGCCUUAAAGAACUAGUCAAGCGAGCAAGUGACUUACGAGAUGGCCUAUCUGAUGUCGUUCGCAAGGCAGAUCAUCUUACGCAGAGUCCAGCACGAACUCCAAAGCACACGAGGGCAGAUGGUAGCCCUGCUUUUACACGAGUAUUUGACGAACCUACGUCAAGUCCGACGAGACGACUACCACAUAGCCAAAGUAACAACUCCAUACUCAGCAACGGCUCAGUUGGUGCGUCUCCAUCAAAUGGGAUCAGUCAACGAAUGCAGAUGAUGACUGUUAGUUGAAAUAGCACGAUUUGUGUAGUUGAUCCCAACGAAACACCCCCUCCCCGACUGAAUCCUCAUAGUCUAAUUCUAGUGGGAGCUAUGUAUAUGUGAAGCCGUCAACUUUUCUCGAUUUGCAUAGCGCAGGAUCGGUUUUUAGUUUUUCUUUUAUUACUGCGCCCAUAUACAAAGGAACUUCGCGUUUCCGUCUAAUUAAUUGAGGAAACGCCGAGAA